AUACGUCCAAACUCGACCGUCACCGAGGAGCAAUUAUUAGCAGGGUGCCACGCGCUCCCUCAUAAAUAGCAGCAGCCCAGGGUGGCUCUGGCACAGCGUGAAUGUUUUACCAGUUGGCAGGGGAGAGAUAGAGAUGGCGAGGUCGACGACGACGGCGAGGUGGCUGCUGCUGCUUGCCCUGGUGGCCGCGUACCAUGGAGGAGGGGCUUCCGUCCGUGCUGCCGCGGGCGCGGGCGCUGGCUCUCAUUGGCUGGGCGGGCUGAGCCGGGCGUCGUUCCCCAAGGGCUUCGUCUUCGGGACGGCCACGUCAGCGUACCAGGUCGAGGGCAUGGCCUUCUCCGGCGGCCGCGGGCCCUCCGUCUGGGACGCAUUCGCGCACACCCCAGGAAAUAUUGUGGGGAAUCAAAAUGCAGACGUCACAACAGAUCAAUAUCAUCACUACAAGGAAGAUGUUAAUCUCAUGAAAGGAUUAAAUUUUGAUGCCUACCGAUUUUCUAUCUCAUGGUCCAGAAUCUUCCCAGAUGGCGAAGGAAAAGUUAACGAAGAAGGUGUAGCGUAUUACAACAAUCUGAUAGAUUACUUGCUUCAGAAAGGCAUUACUCCUUAUAUCAAUCUUUACCACUAUGAUCUCCCUCUUGCACUUGAGAAGAAGUAUGGCGGAUGGUUAAAUGCAAAGACGGUGGAACUAUUCGCAGACUAUGCUGACUUCUGUUUUAAGACCUUUGGCAAUCGUGUAAAGCACUGGUUUACUUUCAAUGAACCAAGGAUAGUUGUGCUUGGUGGUUAUGAUGUAGGGUCCAAUCCUCCUCAAAGGUGCACCAAAUGCGCUGCCGGUGGGAACUCAGCAACAGAACCUUACAUUGUGGCACAUAAUUUUAUCUUAGCACAUGGUUACGCAGUUGCAAGAUACCGGAAUAAGUAUAAGGCAGCUCAGCAAGGGAAGGUUGGGAUUGUUCUGGACUUCAAUUGGUAUGAAGCUCUCACCAAUUCAACUGAUGACGAAGCAGCAGCUCAAAGAGCCAGGGACUUCCAUGUUGGUUGGUUUGUUGAUCCACUAAUAAAUGGACACUACCCACAGAUAAUGCAAGACCUUGUGAAAGAGAGAUUGCCCAGGUUCACUCCUGAUGAAACUAAAUUGGUCAAUGGAUCAGCAGACUAUAUUGGGAUCAAUCAAUACACGGCUAACUACAUCAAGGGGCAGAAACUGGUGCCGCAGAAGCCAACUAGCUACUCAGCCGAUUGGCAGGUUACUUAUGCUUCUGACCGUAACGGCAUACCAAUUGGACCAAAGGCAAAUUCUAAUUGGCUUUACAUAGUCCCGACGGGGAUGUACGGAUGUGUGAACUACCUCAGGGAGAAGUAUGGAAAUCCAGCAGUCGUCAUAACCGAAAACGGUAUGGAUCAACCUGGGAACCUCACCCGCGAUGAGUACCUGCACGAUAUCACCAGGAUCCGGUACUACCGGAGUUACCUCGCCGAGCUGAAAAGGGCCAUUGACGGCGGCGCUAAUGUGCUUGGCUACUUUGCGUGGUCUCUCCUCGACAACUUUGAAUGGAUAUCUGGCUACACAUCCAAGUUCGGCAUCGUCUAUGUUGACUUCAACUCAACCAAACUCGAACGGCACCCGAAGGCUUCGGCCUACUGGUUCAGAGACAUGCUGAAGGUCUAAAACUGAUGGAGUGUCAGUGAGUUAGCCUAGCCUAAUGCCAUCAUCAUCCUAUUGUGCUUGUUUGCCCACUGUUGUUUGGCUGGCAUCACAAUUCAGAGCUAGUUCUGCCCUGAGAGCUACAAAAAAUGGAAAUAAAAUAUGGCUCAAUAAUUCAGUCGUUCGGUACCUAUC